UCUCAGUCGGUGAGCGCGCGAAAAUGCUGCUCAGACAGCAAAUGCGAGCGGCUUACACGCAAUGCCUCGCGACGGCAGUGCAGGAGUGCAUUGCGACCAGGACGCGUGCAUUCUCGUGCAUUGGAACUGUGGCACUGUCGCCAUCGUCAUCGUCAUCGUCAUCGACGGGAUCAUCAUCGGGCGCGGGAGCAAGGACAAAGCGAGCGACGGGCGCCGGGUCCGCGUGGAAAAACCGCUAUGCUGCGUCCGCUGCCGCUGCUGCCGAGGCCGCUGCAGGAAAUCAGGCGCAAUCGACCGCAUCUCAUGCGAAUGCCAACCGACGGCCAGAGAGGGCGGGCGAUGGGACGAGCCAAGCGCCGCCGAGAGACGUCCAGGUCCAGUUCAAAGAGUUUCUGCUCAAGGUCCAUCCAGACCGGUUUGGCGCAGUGCCCCAGGUGCAGUCUCUCAAUCAAGCUUCGUUGCAAGAGGUGAACGCGCACCUGCAAGCGUGCGAGGAUGCAGCGCGUGUCGAAACACUGCCGACGUCUGUCCGAGUGGCGUUCUAUGUUGCAGACACAACCGCCGGAUCAGCGUCCACCGAAACUCAGAUUGCAGGCCACCGAGAAAUAUCCGGCCUGCUGACCAAACCCACUGCUGAUAUUGUCAUGCGCACAAGUGGUGUGCCUCACGUGCAGUAUUACGGGGUCUCGGCCGCCGAGCGGGGUAAACUGCGACGAAAGGUUGCCAUGCAACUCUUUCUCGACUCUAUGCUGCCAGCGGCAAAGUCCGUGUCUGGUAGCUCUCGAGCACAACAACAACAACAACAGCAACAGCACAGCACUCAGCGCAAAGCACAGUCGGGAUCACAUCCCUUGAAACAUGCCUCUACCAGCUUCAGCUUUGACCCUCAAACAAACACAAAAACCUGGCGAGGAGACGCGGCCACGCAAGAGGACGACAUGUACGACUUUGCGGCGAUGAUUCGAACUCAAGCUGGAGGGCUUCGUGCCCAGCUCGCCUCAUUGGGGAGUCGUGGCCCUGAAAACGACGCAAAGCAAGCGACGUCCAUUCUCAACGCUGUCAAGCGAAAUUCUCCCACAACAACGAUGGAUGACGCCAUGGAUCGGACGUUUUCACGAUGGAUGGAGCGCAACGGAUCCAGACUCAAGCGGUGAUUGCGCAAUGCGUUCCUAGGCAUAUCCGGUCAUUCAGUUGUGCGUUGCGAGAAGCGGAUCGAUUGCUUGUCUCCUUGGUGUCCCAUCGUCUUGUUACAAGGGUGUCUUUGAUUCGCUUUUGUGUGUCAAACGCUUUGAUAUGAGAGGCGUGAUUUAUUUAUUUUCAAAGAAUCGAGCAUUGCUCUCCAAUUACUCUUCAUGUGUCUUGCACCGCUAUCCAUUGACCAACAA